AUGUCGUCGCUGGAACAGAGGCUGUCGCGAAUCGAGGAGAAACUAAAGCAGGAAAAUGAAGAAGCUCGCCGGAGAAUCGACCUCAACAUCGACAUGAGUCCGCAGCGAUCACGUCCGAGGCCGAUCAUCGUGAUCCAGCUCAGUCCUGCUCCAGCCCCUUCCCAGCGUGCAGCGCUCCAGCUGCCACUGGCCAACGAUGGAGGCAGCCGUUCAUCGUCUUCAGAGAGUUCGCCUCAGCACCACCCAUACCCCAGCCGCCCGCGACACAUGCUCACCCUGCCCACACCUCCUUACGGCCUACAGAAGAGUCUAGAGAAUGCAGAGAUUGAUCAGAAAUUGCAGGAGAUCAUGAAACAGACGGGUUAUCUGAAGAUCGACGGUCAGCGGUAUCCAGCGGAGGUGACAGACCUUAUCAGUGAGGGGGAGAUCGGCAGCGGGACCUGUGGACAGGUCUUCAAAGUACGAUUCAAGAAGACGGGCCAUGUCAUCGCUGUCAAACAAAUGCGUCGUACAGGAAACAAGGAUGAGAACAAGAGGAUUCUGAUGGACCUGGACGUGGUGCUGAAAAGUCAUGACUGCCCUUACAUCAUCCAGUGCUACGGCGCCAUAGUUACCAACACGGAUGUAUUCAUUGCAAUGGAGCUGAUGGGAACUUGUGCGGAGAAGCUGAAGAAGAGAAUCCAGGGCCCCAUCCCAGAGCGAAUCCUAGGAAAGAUGACAGUGGCAAUAGUGAAAGCGUUGCUGUACCUAAAAGAGAAACACGGUGUCAUCCACCGGGACGUCAAACCCUCCAACAUCCUCCUGGACGCUAAAGGUCAGAUUAAACUGUGUGAUUUCGGCAUCAGUGGACGCCUCGUCGACUCGAAGGCCAAGACUCGCAGUGCCGGCUGUGCUGCCUACAUGGCGCCUGAGAGAAUAGACCCUCCAGAUCCCACCAAACCCGACUAUGACAUCCGAGCAGACGUGUGGAGCCUCGGCAUCUCUCUGGUGGAGCUGGCCACGGGACAGUUUCCCUACAAGAACUGCAAGACAGACUUUGAGGUUCUGACCAAAGUGCUGCAGGAAGAUCCUCCUCUGCUGCCUCUCAGCAUGGGCUUCUCCCUCGACUUCCAGUCCUUCGUCAAAGACUGCCUCACAAAGGAUCACAGAAAAAGGCCAAAAUACCACGUGCUGCUGGAGCAUAGUUUCAUCCGACGUUACGAGGUGCUGGAGGUGGACGUGGCCGGUUGGUUUCAGGCGGUGAUGGAUCGCACCGAGUCGCCUCGCAGCAGCCAGUGUUACAGCCAUCAGCACCAGCUCCACUCGCUCUUCAGUAGGUAGCCUAGCCCUCCUGGCCUUAGCUUAGCCACACGCUAGUCUAGCCUAGCUUUAGCUUUGCCAAGCCCAGACUCAGUCUGUCCUAGUCUAGCCCAGCGUCAGCAGCUAAGCCCUAGCGUUAGACCCAGCCCACCUGUCCAUCUGUCCACCGGAGAACCUGAAGAGGAAGAGGGAGAGACGGAGACUCGAUGGAGGACUCUGGAUCGACAGAUGGAGUGAUGGCCGGGAGAGAUGGACUGAUGGAUGGAUAGACGAUACAGGUGGUUCUCCUUAUGAUUGCGUCGAAUCUGGACAGGCAGACAUGGGGAGGAGGGAGCAGAAAAGAGUUCACACUGUAGUUUCGUUUACACUCUGUUACUUCUCGUUAAACUAUCAUAUGACGUCACAUCACAGUGUGUCUAACAGCCACACACAAAAACCGUGUGUGUGUCUUUUAUGUGUGUCUACAUUUCCUCCACUUUUCAUUAGUUUUUCACCUACAUGUCUGUCUCCAGCAUUGAUCCUAACCAUUGGAUUAGUCAACAGAGUAGUCACUACACACUGGAACAAAGCAUCUGCUACAUUAGCAAUCAUGAAUCGCUCUUGUACAUAAACGUUAUGGAGGACACAGCAAUGUCC